AUGGUUUCGAAAUAAACUUAAAUAAAGUAAACACUCAAUAUCAAAGAAUCAUAUAAUUAUGUAUCGAUUAUUGAUUAACACUAUAGAUUAUAGCCAUAUAUAUUGUCUCUGCAUGUAAAUAAUAUUUGAAGCAAUUUUAUUCAGUUACAUCGCCGUCUAAAGACGCAGUGAGCGUGGAAGCGUUCCCAAAGACUUGUGCCUGUAGGCACCAUAGAGGUUUGAAAGGGGCCCAAAGAAGUGGUGUGUGGAGAGGCAAGUGGCCCUGAGAUGUCAAACCAGUUGUGGUCCCUGUACCAGGCCAGUCUCCACAGACUGGAGGAGCAUGAAGAUGUGGAUGAGCUGAAGCUGCAAUUGCUGCACACAUGGGUAGCUGACCUGUUGGCGCAGAAUGCCUCGCUGGUGGACGCGGUGGAAGAGCUGGAGGAGCGAGCUAUAGCACAGCAGCUGGUCGGGCAACAGCGCGGACUGGAGGACUCGGCACCAGAGGAACAGCGCGCGGACCACUGGCCAGUGACCUCGGGAGCAGCACGGGGCCCACCGAGGCGCGACCUAGGUCCAGACGCUGCUGGUGACAAGUCAGAAAGGCUGCCGCCGGAGCCAGCCUCGAAUGACAUGUCAAACAAUGAUAUCGAGGCCUGCGAUUCGCAAUUGUGUCAACUAAGAAGAGAAGUGAAGACCCUCAAAUGUUAUCUGAGUGAUGGGAAAGCUGCCAUAGUCGAAAAGCUCAUAAACACACUGGAGCUGGUGGAAAAGAUGCUAGAAACGCCCAACCCAAAGGUGGCAACAGCAAAGACCGAGAGAUCCCAGUUUAUGGCCCAAGAGUCACAGCCGGGCACGCAGCGCAGCGUGGCGGAGACACGGGCACAAGUGGCUCACCGACAGCGAGAGCUGCGAGAGAUGCAGGACCGCCUGGUUCGCUUGUCGCAAGAGAAGGCUCGCAUCCUUCUAGAGUUGCAGCAAGUCGCUGUGACCGCGGCCCAGUACCCGUCUCAGCCCCAACAUGCCAGCGAGCCAGCCCCACCUUCGACCGACCCUGGCAGUUCUCCGCGGGACAGCAUGGACGGUACCGACGACGUGCAUGCUGUGCACUCAGACUGAGUCGGCCAGCAGGACUUUCGGUGCGAGCAACCCGACUGCAAGACGUCCCCACUGAGGCACAUCAGAGAGUCAUCCCACAAACCAGUUGUCCCAAGGGGCCACGCUACCACGUAUUGCAGCCUCGUCAUGCAGGGGAAACACUCACCAUCAACAUAUUCCAUUGUGAUGCUUUACUGAGGAUUUGUACUGUUGCAUGAAUAAAAUGUGGAUUUCUAUAAA